CUUCGUCGUCCGAGAGACAUCGAACGCGGGGUUAGUCUCACCCGUUAGCGCGAGGACGGAGAUAUAGGUAUCUUUUUGUGUUGCUUUAUGCAUCUAUUGCAUCAGUCCUUCGUGAAGGGAAAUUGGAUAGGGACACAGCCAAUAGACAGGUUUGAGGUUCACCAAUUAUAUCAGCACUCAGCAGAAUCAUGGAUUUGGAUCUGGAUGACCGAGUCGCCUUUGGCAAGUUGCAAACAAUUAAUGAGAUCAGACGUGGCCAGCUGCAGUUGGAGCGGGUGCGCCAGCGUCUGCUGACCGAGCUCGAGGUGUCGGACGCCGAGGGCCGCUCGCUGCUCGAGUAUCGCCGUGAGAUGGAUCUGCUGCUCCAGGAGAAAAUGGCACACGUAGAGGAGCUGAGACAGAUCCACGCUGAUAUGAACGCCAUUGAGGAGGUGGUGAAGCAGUCUGAGGAGGCCCGCAGUCGCAGUCUGGAGUCCGCGCGCCGUCUACACGCCGAGUACCGGCCGCUGAAGGGACAGCUGGACCGAAUGCGGCAGCAGCUCGGACUGGCGCCGCUGGUGGACAUUGCCGACCUCGAGCCCGACCUACCCGUUAACGAACUGCUGGAGCAGGGCAGUCAGCAGGCGGAGCAGCCGCCGGCUCCGGGUCGCUCCGGGCCCGCCGAGCGUCCGGAGUCCGGACUGCACCCGGUGGUGGGCUCCGGCUCCGGCUCCGGCGGCUCGUACGGCGGCCUGUCGGCCGGUCAGCCGCACAGGGUGAUGGUACUGGCCAAAUCGGAGGCUCGCUCCUCGCAGAUGGUCGCCGGAGGACCGUCACCCACCCCGUUCAGGCAGCAGCCGCCGCCCAUGAAGUCUUGUCUGUCGUGCCACCAGCAGAUUCACCGUAACGCGCCCAUCUGCCCGCUCUGUAAGGCCAAAUCGCGCAGCCGCAACCCCAAGAAACCCAAGAAGAAGGAUUAGGACAGCUCUGAGAACAAAGAGCAUCAGGACCACUGCAGGAGGACUGGAGAAGGACCAUUACCUCAGACACAUCAGCAAAGUAAAUGUGCGCUUCUUGCCCAUGUGUUUGAGGCAUAUGACAACUCCAGAAUUCUAAAGUGGGACAGAGUGGUGUCUGUCAGUGCAAGGCUUUUGCACUAACGAGUUUUGAUUAUUCGGAAGUUAUUGUUUUCUUAUAACAAUGAAGAGCGAUUUUUUUUCGCGCGGCUGCGAUGUAAAAGUCAUGACUGAACGACCAUGACUUUGCAUAGACCACACUUUGCAUUUGAUGUGUCGUGGAUGACCUAACAGUUUUAAAAACAUGUGGCUAGUUUGGUUCACUUUUCAGAAGUGUUCUUUUCCCCAUCUGUCAGGGACCUAUUGGCCAAGCACAUUCCAUCAGUGGAUUUUUCUGGCAUGUUUUUAGAAUGGGAAAAGUACUGACGUGGAAGUAGGCUCUGAAGACCCUUUUACUCUAUUUAGUGUUCGGAACAGCCCGAGGUUGUGCUCUUAUGAAACAUCCUGGUACGGCUAGCCAUUGGUUAUCAGUAUUAUUUUACAAUUUACUGAUAUUUUCUCAUCUACAAAUGUGAUCUCUUUGAGUCUCAGUUCAGAAUAUUUUUUUCGCUUUGUUUUUAUACCUAUUUUUGAGGUUUUAUGUUUGCCAUGCUUAUUUGACUUUUAUUCGCCCAUGUAUAAUACUCUCAAUUACUGUUUGUUGUUCUUUGAUACAGGAGGAAUAACUUUCAUAAUUACAAUGUUUUCUCUUGUAUGAAGCUACCACAAGUUACGAAUUUUUAUCCAGCUGGUCUUAUUUCGAUGUAAGUGUAAAACUGUUUUCAAUCGACUUCCAUUGACUCCUGAGAACACCCUGUAUGUCAAAUUUGUCGAGGUAGCCGCUGUAUGUCGUUGUCGUCAGUUUGCAGAUGUCGCCAUAAUUGUCUGUGAUGCUCGACCUGUGUCAUUUAGAUGGGCUGUUCCGUGGCACUCUAGCCUCCUGUAAGCUCUGAUCUCUAGCUCUGUGACGGGAGGCAUGCAUAUUGACCUUUUUAACCCAUGUGCAGUAUCCCUAGCCGCUCAGAGGUAGUUUGUGUGUGUUACAGGAUCAGAUCCGAAGGUACCAGCCGGUGGUAUUGCGUGUGCCAAAUUGUUUCAUCGUCUUUUUAUGAUCGUGCCAAUGCGAGCUACUGCCAUCUGGCCGGCUUUCGUCGCCAGUGGCGGGUGAUAAGACUUCCUAAUGUGCCAAAGUAAACCUCUAACUCGGCUCACAAAGGAUACUUUGUGCCGACGUUAGCUGAGCUCAACUUGUUUGCGAAAGUUGCUGUUUCCCUUAUCCUUUUUCACGAUGUCACAGUUGCGUGGUUGUUCUUAUCACUAUGAUCGCUCUUUGCGUGUGAAAUGUUCUGUGUCUUGUGAACCUCUUUGAGAUCUCCAAUUUCUGCCAUAUCGUUUGCCAUAUUGUCCUGUAGUAGUUGACCGUGCUGCUCGGGGAAUAUCAGUAUUAUUUGCGCACUUUUCGUCGGUUUCGCGUUCUCCAGUAUGUAUUACACACUCGUAGUAUUCUCUCUCCUGCUAUGACUCUACUAGCAGUGUAUAUAUGAGGAUCGAGGAGGGUCUGUAAUGUAUCCCUUCUUUUACUGGGAACAUACCUCGCCAGUUUGUCGUACCUACAUCAGCUGUCUUGCGAUCGCCCGGCCCGGCCCCAACUGUACUCUGGCGGGCGGGACGGGCGACCGACCUCAUUUCAACCUGACCUCGACUCCGUGGACACCCCGUGUGCUCCUACUCUUGCGUGGAUGUGUGUGCGUGUGUUUGUGUGUUUUGAUGAUGUUUUCAUGUUCAGUCAAUGGACGGAGCCCCACCCCAGGUCAGCCUAUCGUGUGAUUCCACAUUGCCUGCUAUCGAGAGAUGUUCCUCGCGGGUGACCCGGUUAGUUGAAUCGCUGUUCAACCGUUCCAUUCCAUCCGUGGCAUUGUGAAGUCAGAGACCGCCGAUUCUGUUGUACUCUGCACCUUUUGUGACCUUCCGUAUUGGAAUAAUCACGGACACGGUACGACAUUGUUCACUUCUGCCAUCUACGCCGUGUAGUCUAGCGAUUAUUUGUGGAACCUUUUAAUGUUCUUUUUUCGACGGAUCAGCUGUAUGUAAUGAAACAAGUGCAUAUGUGGCGUUUUGACCGUCGUGUGUUUUCUCAAUGGUGUUUUUUAGCCUCCAAUGUUGUGUAGUUUCGAUGUAUUGCUCAAGGUUUGUAGAUGCUUCCAGUUGCGCCGAUGAUUCCAUUUUUAUAGACGUCUUCUAGAGAAGUGUAGAUCGUUUGCACAAAAUUAUGUCAUCGAUGUUGUGUAUCAAGCAACUGACUUUUCUUGUUUGGAGGAUAUGUUGCCAUAAGCCAUUUCCGGUGACACCGCUCGCCAAUUCGUUUAGUGUUGUGUUAGGGCCAGUUUGAUUUGUAGUUCCUACGGAAAAAAACGCCCUAAUGGCGUCAUUCCUGUGCCAUGAGCUUUAGCAUCAUUGACGUUUGUAUCACGUGCCAAGUAGUGAAUAAAAUAUUUCUUUGGAA